AUGUUUAAUAUUUUUAAUCUAAAUUUUAUUAGAAAUUAAUGCUAAAUUUAGAAUAUAUUGAUUAUAUAUACAGUUCAAAAAUUAAUUUAGAUACAUUAAAUAAUUGUGUCGAUAUUCUAAGUUAAGAAUGAUAAAUAAGAUCAAGAAAUUGAUAGUAAGCAAAUAUAAAACUAUAAAACUAUAUUGAUCAUUUGCAAAGCUUAUAAAGUUUUUAUCCUAUAACUUCAUCACAAGAUGGACAAUAAUGUAUAAUGUCUCUGCAUUCUGUUGCAAAACAAGGAAUCCAAAAUAAUGGCCAGAAUAUCAAUAAUAUCAAGAAGGUAACAACUAAUGCUCCCCAACCAUAUUGUUUUUCAACUUUGGUAAUGACUGAUUUUUAACAUUUUUGGCAGAAUACUCUUGUUGGUUAUUCUUAGUUAUUUGCAUUUAAUGGUAAGUUUUUUCUAACUGUUAAUGUAGUAUUUACAUAUUCUAUUCUAAAAUACUUAAUUCAAUUAUUUUGUCAAAUGAAUAAUCUGGCCUAUUUGAACUGUAC